AUGAAGAAUCACAAAGACAACUUCCCCGAGCACCACUACUGCAAGCGAUGUGACGAAGACUUCCACAAUGAGGAAAGUUUCAUGAUCCACAAGCUCAAGAGCACCAAACACAUCACCUGUCCUAACCACCGCACUCCUCAAGCCAUCGUCUGCGUCGGCUGCAGUUCCAAGUUCAAAAGCGCUAGCUCCCUGAUGCAGCACAUCGAAGCGGACGAAUGCGAGAAGAUCCCCCAACUGCGUCUGCUGCACGAGCAGUCCAAGAAGCUCAUCAUGAAGGAAUUUCUGCUGAAGGGUGGCCAACACGCCUCGCAUCCGGUGAUCCCCGAACGCGAUAAUCUCGACGACCAAGAUGGUGGGGUCUCGCUCGCGGGGUGGGAUUUCGAGGCUAUGGCCUUCCGCCCUAAGCCCACCACCGAGCCCAAGAACGAUCAGGCUGAUCAUGUCGCGAAAGACUCGGCCAACAUGGCCUUUGAGCACUGGCCUCUCCCGGGCGAGCGUCCCGAGACGGAGCUCAAGGACUUCCCCAAACUGUCUUUGAACGAGCAGGGCAACGACGAGACCGAUCCGUGCCAUGGUAACUUAGUCAGACCCAAACCCCGUGUGCUGAAGUCUACUCAGGCGGCCAGUGGGGGUGCAAACACGCCCAACGCCGGCCAGACGCUUCUGCUCCUGGAUUCCAAGUGGGAUGCCAACAGGUUCUUGCACGGCGCCAGCUCGCGCUAUAUGUGCCCUUGCGGUAUGAGUUUUGACGCCAAGGAGGAAUUUGAGAUGCACAUUUUAAGAAAGACUACGGCGACCCGUACCACUCAAUGCCCCGGCUGCCUCCGCGUUUUCAAGACUACUGCCGCCCUCAUCGCGCAUUGCGAAUCGCCCAGCACCCGUUGCGACGUCAACGUGGGUAGCCGUUUCCCGCAGAUCAUCGACGAGCUGAGCGGCGGAGUCAUCCAGAUGGCCGGGUUUUAUCCAGACGGCACCGCGAAGUACGAGGCAGGCAAGUUGGAUCUGACGGAGACGACUAUGGUGGGGACCGACUUGCGCAAGUGGUAG